GCAUUUUUAAUGAGGGAGUCAAAGCCGGACGAAGAGAGAAGACAAGACGCCUAAAUUAUAGAGCAACAACAAGGCGAGUAGGUAGCGGAUAAGCAGCAGCUCUUCAAUUGUGUAUCUAUAAUCUAUACUUACACACUUUGAAACCCUAGCUAAUUGAUCAAUGGCGAUUGAGUUAUGGGAGACGCUCAAAGAGUCUAUUACGGUUUACACCGGUCUAUCUCCGGCGACUUUUUUCACGGUUGUGGCUAUAGGACUUGCCUUGUACUACGUCGUUUCGGAGCUGUUUGGACCGUCUCCUCAGGCUCAGUAUAAGAGAAAUAGAGAUGCUGAUGAAGAUGCGCAGCCUCUUCCCCCGCCGGUUCAGCUCGGCGAGAUUACCGAGGAGGAGUUGAAAACUUAUGAUGGGACUGAUCCUAAAAAGCCUCUGCUUAUGGCUAUUAAAGGUCAGAUCUAUGAUGUCUCUCAGAGCAGGAUGUUUUAUGGACCUGGCGGGCCAUAUGCACUAUUUGCCGGAAAGGAUGCAAGCAGAGCUCUUGCGAAGAUGUCAUUUGAGGACAAAGAUCUGACUUCAGAUCUUACUGGUCUUGGUGUAUUUGAGCUUGAGGCCUUGCAAGAUUGGGAAUAUAAGUUCAUGAGCAAGUAUGUUAAAGUUGGAACCAUCAAGCAGACAGUGCCGGUGACAGAUGGGUCAACUGCAAGUGGAACAACUGAAGCUACCGAAGCUAUUGGAGGUGAUGCUAAGCCUGUAGAAGAUGCUCCAUCAGAGUCUGUGGCCACAGAACCAAAGGAAAUCCCAGCAGUAGGUGAAACCUGAUAAAGUGUUAUUUCAUGGAUGUCGUAGAAGUGUUGCAGAGAUGUUCUGGUGGAGAAACUAAUGAUGAAGAUAUAUAUAUGGAAGUGUGAAUGAUGUUUUGGUGUUUGUGUUUCUUAUAUAUACAUAACGUCAUUGCAUAUUCCAAGUUUAGGGGAUCAGAUUAAACUUCGAUACUAAGCUGUAAUAAAUAAUGAAUUCUGCGUGUCAAACUACCAGGUUGUUGAAUUAAUGCCGUUGUUAUCUGAAUAAACAGGAAUCCAAUCUGCA